CCAAGUGGACGUGGAUUUUGGCCUUGUUGCGAAAUUCUCCGGUCUAGACCUCGUUGUGGAUGCCCAUUCGACAUCCCUGUCUCUCGAUGACGCCUCUCUUCGUCUUGGAUAUCUACCAUUGGGGAAAUCACUUUCAACGUGUCGAUAUCCUUUUUCUCACCUCUGUUCGACAAUAACACCAACGUUUCGAUUUUCUACUGCAAAAAGCUUCUUUCCACAACGGUCAUUUACUCUUUUCCUCACGAUGAGGCAGUCCGAGAAAAAAUGGGGAAAGCCAUUUUCCCUUGGUCGAGCGCCAAUGUCAAGACAUGGGUUUCGGACAAAAUGGCUAAGGAUUUCAAUUCGAGUGCUCCAGUUGAGUCCUUGUUCCCCGCGAAUGCGAUGGGGAGCCUUCAAUUGCCGAGAGAAGACGAACGUCGUGGAUCAGAAUUGGGUUCGAGACGAACGUCGUGGAUCAGUAUUAAGGCUCGGUAUGACGAUCCACCGAAAAGAGAUUGGGGUGAUGAAGCAUAUUACAGGAGUAAUAAGAUGCUGCCAAGAUGUCCGAAAAUAGAUCAUACGUACACUAAUCACGCUUUUACCAGUAGUAAGCAAGAAGAAAGUGCAUGAACGACGACGAUUUGAGCUUCAUACUUUGUACUGUUCAAGCUA